UCAUCACUGUGCGACGGCAGGAACACCCCAAAGUCUGACAGGACAUCUUUUCUUUACUGCUGCAAAGAUGUCUGGGAGCUUUUACUUCGUCAUGGUCGGUCAUCACGACAACCCCGUGUUUGAGAUGGAGUUUCUGCCGCCUGGGAAAGCAGAGUCCAAGGACGACCACCGCCACCUGAACCAGUUCAUCGCCCACGCUGCUCUGGACCUGGUGGAUGAGAACAUGUGGCAGUCCAACAACAUGUACCUGAAGACAGUGGACAAGUUCAACGAGUGGUUCGUCUCUGCCUUCGUCACGGCUGGACAUAUGAGACUCAUCAUGCUUCAUGACAUGCGACAAGAAGAUGGAAUAAAGAACUUCUUCAAUGACGUUUAUGAUUUAUACAUAAAGUUUGCAAUGAAUCCCUUUUAUGAAGUCAACGCUCCGAUACGAUCCACAGCAUUUGAAAGAAAAGUCCAGUUUCUGGGCAAGAAACACCUGAUGAGCUGAUCAGCCAACCUUCAGAAUGAGACCUCCUUUGUAAAUACUCCUUUUGAGAGGAAUGCCUCUGAUAUGAAAUAUGAGGAACCCUAUGAUUCUGCUUUUCCACUCUUCUAAUAACUGUCAAUAUAUGUAACGAAUACAAGAGAUCUACACCAAUGUCUUUGUAAGUUGUGACAAUUUCUUUCUUGAAUAAAUGUAUAAAAGUAAAAAGUA